GGAAAAAAUAAAACGCUACACUCCGCAUAUUGUUUUUAACGGUUCAGCAUUCGCGGAGACUGGACAACCAGAAGACGACGCUCUGACCGCCUACGGCCUACCGGUUACCGUGCAAUAGUGUAGACGAGAAGACGAAAUCCCGAGCUCGUAACAAUGGCGCUUCCGUUUGCGACACUGGUGAACUCUAGCUCGCUCACAGUUCCUCGAAAUCUAUCGUCUACCAAGGUAUCUAGCUCUGUGUGUUUGCACCAGAAACUUAGGGCGUCCAGUUCGGCGGAUUAUGCUGCGGCUUCUCUAUCAUCUUUCUCCUCUUCUUGCUUCUACUCGAGCUCAUUGAGCCGAAAAACGCCGCUAAACUGCUCAGUUCAAAUUAAAUCCGGACGCUCAGUAGCUCCCAUUCAAGCCUCUGCGCAGGUGGCAACUGUGGCAGAACCACAAGCAAAGGUGACAAGCAAAGUUUAUCUUGACAUAAGUGUUGGGAAUUCCGCGAAGCCUGUUGGGAGAAUUGUGAUUGGAUUGUUUGGAGAUGAGGUGCCACAAACAUCGGAGAAUUUUCGUGCUCUGUGCACAGGAGAGAAAGGCUUUGGCUUCAAAGGCUCGAGUUUCCAUCGUGUUAUUAAGGACUUCAUGAUUCAAGGAGGUGACUUUGAUAAAGGAAAUGGCACUGGUGGUAAAAGCAUUUACGGGCGGACAUUUAAAGACGAAAACUUCACAUUGACUCAUGUUGGACCUGGAGUUGUGAGCAUGGCAAAUGCUGGCCCCAACACAAAUGGAAGCCAGUUCUUCAUAUGCACCGUCAAGACCCCAUGGCUGGAUAAGAAGCAUGUUGUAUUCGGGCAAGUUAUUGAGGGCAUGGAUGUGGUGAAGCUAAUUGAAUCGCAGGAAACGGAUAGGGGUGACCGGCCCACAAAAAAGGUCGUCAUAAGUGAUUGUGGUGAACUGCCAGUGGCAUAGGCAACGGUGAUUCCUCCUCUCCAGAUGUAUGUCCUUUUAGCCGCUCCCGGCAUAGUGAGUAUUGACUGGAAUAUUCUUCCCAUCAAUAGACUGUUAAUCGAAGGCCUUUUUCAUUUUAAAUUUGUGUUUUUUGAAACUCAAAUUUCACAAUUGAGAUGAACUGUUGAGACUCUCUAUGCUGCUUGCCUCCCAAGUCCCAAUGUACUCAUGGAUGUAUCUUUUUCUUGUUUGGUGAAGGUUUGGUAGGAACUCUUAAGAAAUUAAUAAAUAUCUCCGUAUUUCUAAAGGUGAUUUUCAUUUUAAAAAUGGCAAUGGUGCCUUUUUUAUUUUUCACGUUUCUGUACCUAUCACCUAUUCAUGGGACCUGAUAACAAUAGCAAAUCAACC